AUGACGAUGGAAAAUAGAGCGUCGCAAGCCAGGUACAACAAGCUCGUGCAGAAAGCAGACGUCAAGGAGUUGACACGGAGCCACGACGCCGCAAAAGCGAGAGCUGAUGCCGUCCGCGUACAAAGGAACAAGGCGAAUGCGACAAAGAGAGAGGCGGAAAAACUAGCAGCAGCAGCAAACGUUGAAGCAAGCAAGCAACGAGAGCUACGCCUGGGAGCAGCACAAGCGGCAGCGGCUGAGCACGAGAGCCGAGUGAGGACGGAGAAGAAGCUGGAGAAGGAGCGCCAGCAAGUGCAGCGCUUGACGGAGAAGCUGUCGGUGUUGGCGCUGGAGAAGCGCAAGCUGGAUGCGAAAUAUCGACAGACAGUAAAGGACGCUGGUCUCCACGCUCCUGCUGGUGGUGGUGGGGGUGGUGGUGGUGGUGCUGCUACUUCUCCCGCGCUUUCUCUUCGGAAGCAGGUCAUCCGAGACUCGAUGGCGAGAGGCCAGAGGAAGAGAGAACUGGCUUCAAUGGCCGCGCUGGUGAACGCCAACGCAAUUUUGAGGAAGCAGGGCAAACGUCAGAAAGAGAGGAUCACCGUGCUCCGCGAGGAGGCAAAGAGUGCUCUGAGGCCCUCGCCGCAAUGA